AUGCGCCACGUGCGGACCUUCCAGCAUUCGUGGGACCUGACCAAGCAUGAGAAGAAACAUGGUGGGACAUCCAUCUCUUUCCCCUGCCAGCAGUGCGGGAGCUCCUUUGCAAACCUCCGCUCUCUGACAGCCCACCACAGAAGUUCCCACCUGGGCGAGAGCGACCUGCCCCACCUCUGCUCCAUCUGUGGCAAGAGCUUCCCCUCCUCCUCUGAGUUGCUGGAGCACAGGAAGAGCCACGGGACCAGCCUCCAGUACAUCUGCCAGCAGUGUGGUGAAAGCUUCCACUCUCUGCUGGCUCGCUCCCAACACCGGCAGACCCACCUGGUCAAGCGGCAGUUCAAGUGCCCGCACUGCGACAAGAGCUAUACGCGCAAAGCUGAUGUGAAGAGGCACAUGUUCUCCCACAGCGGCGAGCGACCGCACCAGUGCAACCAGUGUGGGAGAUGCUUUUCCUUCCUCUUCCUGCUCAAGAAACACCAAAUAGUUCACACGGGCGAGAGGCCUUUCCAGUGCUCCUACUGUCCGAAGAGGUUCACAUUGAUAUCCAUCCUGAGCAGACAUGAGAGAAUGCACACCGGGGAGAGACCCUUCCUCUGCUCUCAGUGUGGGAAGAGCUUUCUGUCCCAGGGGGAGCUGUCCAAGCACCACCGCUCCCACACUGAUGAGAGACCGUACGCUUGCAAUCAGUGUGACAAGAGGUUUAAGAGCAAAAAAUCCCAACAGGAACAUAUCAUCUCCCACACCGGCGUGCGCCCUUACCCUUGCUCUUACUGUGGGAAAGGAUUCACCAAGCCAUACGCUCUGACCAGGCACCAUCUCAUACACACAGGGGAAAGACCAUUCCCCUGCGUCCACUGUGGGAAGACAUUUCUCACCCCCGCAGAGGUACAACUACACAUCCGCAUUCACACCGGGGAACGCCCUUACCCCUGCCCUGAUUGUCAGCUGAAGUUUAGGAGUUCGUCAGACUUGGCACGACACAAACGCUUUCAUACAGGGGUGCAUACAUUUGUCUGUAACCAGUGUAUGAAAAACUUUCCCACCUCGUCCAAACUGAAGAAACACAUGGAGAACCACUCGGGGUCAGAGGCAGUCCAGAGCUCAGACUUUGGAGAAAAUUCCAACCAAGCGUGA